AUUCUAUAUACACUCUUACCCCCCCCUGCAACCCCUAGAGCACACACUUCCACACAUUCACACACACAGAGAGAGAGAGAGAGGCAGAGAGAUGGGAAAGGAGAGUUAUCUUCCACUUUUUGAAACAGAGGCAGCAAAGGGACGCAUGGCUUACAUGGUGUAUGCUGUUUCAGUGAUGAUGGGAAUAUGUUUGAUAUGUGUCUACCGACUCAUUCAUUUCCCAUCUCCAUCACAAGGGAGACUCCAAAGAUGGGCUUGGAUGGGUUCAUUCAUGGCUGAGCUCUGGUUCACUCUCUACUGGCUCAUCACUCAAUCUGUUAGAUUCAAUCCCAUCUACCGCUUCACCUUCAAACACCGCCUCUCUCAAAGAUAUGAAAAGGUUUUGCCCAAAGUAGACAUAUUUGUGUGCACGGCCGAUCAUACAGUGGAGCCACCAUUAAUGGUGAUCAACACAGUGUUUUCGGUCAUGGCAUACGAUUAUCCACCGGAGAAGCUGAGUGUGUAUCUUUCUGAUGAUGGAGGGUCAGAGUUGAUGUUUUACGCACUCUUAGAGGCUUCUCGCUUCGCAAAGUACUGGCUGCCAUUUUGCAAGAAAUUCAAAAUAGAACCACGGUCUCCGGCAGCUUAUUUUGAAACAGUAUGCAAAGCAUUGGAUGAUCCUACCAUGGCUGAAGAGUGGUCCUCCGUCAAGAAAUUAUAUGAAGACAUGAAGAAGCGGAUAGUUAGCACUACAAAGGUGGGGCAAAUCCCAGAAGAAAUAAGAAAAGAGCACAAAGGAUUUCAAGAGUGGGAUUUGGUUUCAAGCAAGCAUGACCACCCCUCCAUUAUUCAAAUACUAAUUGAUGGAAGGAGGGAGUGUAGUAGGGGUGUGGAUAUUGAAGAAAAAGAAGAAGAAGAAGAAGAAGCAAUGCCAACUCUGGUGUACUUGGCACGUGAGAAGAGACCCCAAUAUCACCACAACUUCAAAGCAGGAGCCCUCAAUUCCCUUAUAAGAGUGUCAUCGAGGAUAAGCAACGGACCGGUAAUUCUGAACGUGGAUUGUGACAUGUAUUCGAACAAUUCGGAGUCAGUGCGAGAUGCACUGUGCUUUCUAAUGGAUGAAGAGCAGGGUCACCAGAUCGCAUUUGUACAGUUUCCACAGACCUUCGACAACCUCACCAAGAAUGAUGUUUAUAGCAGUUCCUUGAGAGUUAUUAGUGCGGUGGAGCUUGCAGGUUUCGAUGCUAAUGGAGGGCCACUUUAUAUCGGUACUGGGUGCUUUCACAGGAGAGAAGCUCUCUCUGGGAUGAAGUACAAAAAAGAUUACAAAACUGACUGGAUGGUGAAGAACGACAGAAAGGUAGAAGAAAGCACACAUGUGCUUGAAGAAACAUGCAAAGUUCUUGCAAGUUGCAGCUAUGAAGAAAACACUCAAUGGGGAAAGGAGAUGGGGCUUAAGUAUGGGUGUCCAGUAGAAGAUGUGAUUACAGGACUAGCGAUACAAUGCAGAGGUUGGAGAUCAGUGUAUUUCAACCCAGAAAGGAAAGGGUUUUUAGGAGUAGGUCCCACAACCCUGUUGCAGGCACUAGUCCAAAACAAGAGAUGGUCAGAAGGUGAUUUUCAGAUUUUCCUCUCCAAAUACUGCCCUUUUGUUUAUGGGCAUGGAAAGAUCCCCCUACAACUUCAAAUUUCAUACUGUUGCUACCUUCUAUGGGCUCCUUGCAGCUUGGCUACUCUAUACUAUGUCACUGUCCCAUCUCUUUGUAUCAACAGAGGCAUCUCCUUGUUCCCAAAGUUAUCAAGUCCCUGGGUCCUGCCUUUUGCAUAUGUCAUCCUUGCGAAAUACGGAUACAGCUUAGGCGAGUUUCUAUGGUGUGGGGGCACAUUUCAAGCAUGGUGGAAUGACCAGAGGAUGUGGCUAUUCAAAAGAACAACUUCCUACUUCUUUGGAUUUACCGAUAACAUCUUCGAGGUAUUUGGGUUUUCAAAGUCGGGUUUUGUAGUCACAGCAAAGGUGGCCGAGGAGGACAUAUCCCUGAGAUAUGAAAAGGAAGUCAUGGAGUAUGGUGCCCCAUCACCAAUGUUCAAUAUUUUGGCAACACUCUCACUGGCCAACCUAUUCAGCUUUGUUGGUGCCCUAAAGAUGGUUAUCAUGGAUUCAAAAACUAGGGUUUUGGAUCUAUUGGCACUACAAACAAUGCUAUGUGGGUUGGUGGUUCUCGUCAACCUGCCGGUAUAUGAAGGCCUCUUCUUCCGAAAGGACAAGGGUCGUAUGCCCACCUCCAUCGUGUACCAAUCGGUUGUUAUAGCUAUCCUUGCUCAUAUAGCAGCCUUACUACCUCCAUGAAGCAAAGGUUUCACUAAAACUAUACUUGUUAUGUAACAUUUUGAACAAAGAAACUAUCUUAUUUCUAAUUAAUGCGAAUAUAUUGCCUCUAUAAAAUUGUGGAUUUA